CAGUGAUCUCGUCGCGGUCACACUGAAUGGAAGUAAUAACAUUGCGAGAAAAAAGUGAGAAAAGGGUGAAAAAGUGCAAAAACUAUUGGAUUUAUUUGAUGAUUUCCAUUUGGAAAUUAGCAAACGGGCGCAGCGAUUAAGUUUAUGUGCUAAAAAACGAAGUUUUGAUAGAUAUUGAAAAUAAAGUCGCGUCCUGCUCCGCCUCCUGCACGCACACACUCGCAGCGCCCCGCACACACACGCACACAGUUGCGCCUUUCGUCAUUUCUCUCGCUCUCAUUUUUUUUGUCGCAGCUGCAACGCAAAUUCCAAAAAGGAUAAUACUUGCCAAUCUCGCAAGUCCUUCCGGUGGUCUAAGAGCGGAUAUAUACCCGCAAAGAUGAUGACCAAAGGUAACUCGCAGAUCUAGGAAGACCAAGUGCUUUUCGGGCCCAGUUUCGUGGACCUCGACACGGAUAGCAUGUUCAGUCCUAUCAAAAAGAUAUUUACGUACAUACAAAAAAAUGCGAGCGGCUCCAAUAUGUUCAGCCCAUCAUCUGGAAACACGACAACCGGUCAAAGGGAGGCCGCCGCCAGCAUAAGUGCCCACGACGAAGGCGACAGAAAGAAGAAUCAGGAUCAGGAGGAUGGGCAGCAGGAUCAGGAGGAUGGAGCGGCGAUGGGGGAGCCGCAGCAGCCGCAGGAAGUCCUGCCCCAAUUGGACGACGACGAUGACGAGGAGGACGACAUCGAAAGGCUGAUCAAGACCUCCAUAAUCGAUGCCACCAAAGUGCAUGCGGCCAAGGCCAAGGCGAUGGCCUCCUUACCCUUGCCCCUGGAGCAGCUGGACGAUGAGCUGGCGGAUUUCGCACAAGGUCCCGCGGACACCGAACUGGAGGAGCAGUUCCUCGAGCUGGAGAACUAUCCGAACAACGAGAUUAUCGUACUCAGCGAUGCGGAACUCAACUCGUCGAUAGCCUCCGAUGCCGUGUCCGAGGACCCGCUGGCCAUAGACAAUAUUCUGGACUCCUCGUCGGUCACCACAAACGAGGAGGUGGACACCAGCGGCGAGCUGCUCUGGCUAAAGUUGAGCAACGAAACGGAAAUGGCCACCAGUUCGGCAGUGGUGGCAUCGUCCACCAAUCGGGAGGAAUCCCAGAAGCCCGCCAAGCCAAUUAAAAGAAAGGAAGAUGAACUGAGAGAUGGUGGCUCUGAUUCGGGACUGGGUAGUGAAACAUCCGCCUUGCCGAAACUUCCGGCGGAGAAAGUGGCCGAGCCAGAAGCAGCCCCGGAGAAGCAGGAGCCCAAGCCCAUCAGAUCCAAUCUCAAGCGAAGAUUGGAGGAAUCGGAAAGCGAUGCUAUAGAUCUGGUGCCCGACAUGUCUGCUCCUCCGCUGACCGCCCAAAAGCGACCCAAGCGCUCCAUAAACUUUGACGAGGUCAAGGUCUACUAUUUCCCACGACAACAGGGCUUCAGUUGCGUGCCCACGGCUGGCGGAUGCACCCUGGGCAUGGGCGCCCGGCAUAUUGCCUUCAAGACGAUGUCCCUGGCCGAGCAUGCGGCGGAAUUGAGGCGGGCACAUCGCAGCCAGAACCAAGAGCUACAGCCGCGCGGCUCCAGCAGCGAUGAUAGCGAAGAGUCCGAGGAGGAUUACCUAAGCGAGGGCAGUGGUUCCGAUGCGGAGGACGGCUCCAAUGGCUUCCUGCAGCCGGUGACGCCGAAGCAGAGGAGAGCCCUGCUGAAGGCAGCCGGCGUGCGGAAGAUCGAUGCCAGCGAGAAGAGCGAGUGCCGGGACAUUAGGAACUCCAGGGAGGUUUGCGGCUGCUCCUGCCGCGAGUUUUGCGAUCCGGAAACCUGCGCCUGCAGCCAGGCGGGUAUUAAGUGUCAAGUGGAUCGCGCCAUGUUCCCAUGCGGAUGCACUCGUGAAGCCUGCGGCAACACAGUCGGCCGGGUGGAGUUCAAUCCGACGAGGGUGCGAACUCAUUACAUUCACACGGUGAUGCGAUUGGAUCUAGAGCAGCGACAGGGCUCUGUGGGCCAUCUCCAACCGCAACAGGUGCCGGCAUCCCAGCAGACCAUCAGCUACUCCCCGGUGGGAGCGGCUACACCAGCACCCGCCUACUUCCUGCAAACGCAAUCCAACUACAGCUCCGGCUAUGCCUCGCCAGCUUACACGCCCGAGAGCAGUGUGAGCUACUACCAGCAGCAGCAGCAGGUGGCGCCCACUCCUGGUCAGAUGAAUGCCACCCAACAGCAGCAGCAGCAACAGCAGCAGCAGGCGCAGAGCCAGAGCUACGCGGGAUACGCCCAGUUGGACAGCCUGGACUCGGGUCUCUUUGCCAGUGGCACCAAUGCCACGCCCUCGUACGGAGAGCUAUAUCAGUCGCUCAGCUACGGCAGCACACAGAUCACUUCCUAUCCGACCGCCUAUCCGCAGCAUUCGACGUCACCCGUCGUCGCCGUGGCUUCCGGAGCAACCAGCUCCUGUGCUUUUAGCUCCUGUGCGGUGCCCUCGGUGCCGCCGUACGGAAAUGCGACCACAACCGCCUCCAGCAAUGCUCCAUACCAGACCAUAGCUGUCUCCACCACGUCGUCGCGGCUAGUUGGCAGUGCAGUUGGUGUCGUUGGGGUCGCAGCAGCAUCUUCGCCAGCCGCUGGCGCGUCCACCUCUUCCGCGGCGACCAGCACCAAUGAGUUUAUCAGUUUGAGCACACCGAUCGCCAGUUCCUCGCGCCUCUCGCAGAUCAACGAUCUGCUGCAGCACAAUCGCAACACCACCGCCGCCUUGGUGGCCGUCUCCGAGGGAUUCAGCGGCGCAGCCAGAAGCUCGUCCAGUGCGUCCACCAUCGACUCCAUCGACACACCGCCCAUUGUGGAAGAUGGCCAGCAGCGUGGAUGUAUGAACUUCGAGGCGUUGCCCCCGCCGCAUGUGAAUCCAGCGCCCAUUGUUGCCGUCGUGCAGAGCAAGCUGCCCAUGCCACCCAUGACCACGCUGGCCCUGCCUCCUGCUCCUCCAUCUGCCCCACAGCCUCGCCAGCCGCUGGACCAACAGCAUCAACAAGCCUUGGGCGAGUCCACCUAGAGCAGGGAAUGCACCACCAAAUCGGUUUUGGAUGGGUCAGUCUAUGGGGUCUUAAAUGAUUUGAGAAUCAGGUGCAGUUUACUACCUUGGAAAACUCUCAGUGAAUUUUAAUUGGAUACAUUAAACUUGACUGUAACCUUAA